UCUCUCGCUACUCGCUAGACAUAUCUAACAUUUUGCCCAUUUGCACGACAUGGCAUCACCACUACAAAGUAUAGACCAAAACAUUGUUUCUUCAGUUCAAAAACUUGUUACGUGUGGUAAGAAGGUCACUUCCAUACCCUCUCACUAUGCUUAUUUCAAAAACCCUAGUGUAACACCCCAGUCCCACAUCGAGAAGUGUGUGGACUUUAGUUCAGUUUAUAAGCAUAAGUACUACUACCAAUUGCACCAACAAAUCAUGAUCUUUUGGGGGCCUGUGGUGGGUUUGUGGAUUACCCAAGUUGUUGCAAUUGGGCCAGUUAUUUGGGCUUAUUUUCGGAUUCGGAAUUCGGGACUUGACCCGAUUUUCGAAAAAGACUCGGGAUUUGACCCGGGUUGUCACAUAUGGUAUUCAGAGCAGGCUCUCGAAAGCUUAAUUCGUCAAGUUGCCGGAGGUGGGGACACGAAGGCUGGUGGUAUUAUCCCGCAAUGGACAGAGAUCCGGAGGCGGGGACACGAAGCCAGCCGGUAUUAUCCCACAAUGGCUAGAGAGGUUCGAUCUGGGCCUAUGGGCUAUCCGUUUCGGCCUGACGAGGACGUCAGGAAUUUAAGUGGGGGAGUUUGUAACACCCCAGUCCCACAUCGAGAAGUGUGUGGACUUUAGUUCAGUUUAUAAGCAUAAGUACUACUACCAAUUGCACCAACAAAUCAUGAUCUUUUGGGGGCCUGUGGUGGGUUUGUGGAUUACCCAAGUUGUUGCAAUUGGGCCAGUUAUUUGGGCUUAUUUUCGGAUUCGGAAUUCGGGACUUGACCCGAUUUUCGAAAAAGACUCGGGAUUUGACCCGGGUUGUCACAUCUAGUGACUCCACUGCAUUACCUGGUGACGGAAUCCCGGUUAUCGAUUACUCACUCCUCAUAUCCACCGACCUUGAUCAGCAAACAAAAAUUGUCAGGGAACUCGGAAAUGCGUGUAGAGAUUGGGGUUUUUUCAUGGUGAAAAAUCAUGGCAUAUCAGAGAAACUAUAUGAAGCUAUGUUUGAGAAAUGUGAAGAGUUUAAUUCAAUGUCAGAUGAUGAGAAACAGGAGUUUAGAAUGAAGAAGGAUGUCAUGGACCGGAUUAAGUUUGGUAGCAGCAACAAUUUAUCCUCAACUCAAGUACGGUUCUGGAGGGAUUACUUAAAACUCUUUCUCCAUCCUGAUUUCAACUCUCCUCAUAAGCCUGCAGGUUUCAGUGACACGUUGCUGGAAGUUAGUACCAAACAAAGGGAAGUGAUGAAGAACUUGCUGAGAGGAGUUUCAAAGAGCUUAGAAGUUGAAGAAUCCUAUUUCUACAACAUGGCAGAUAUGGAUAGGGGGAUGGACUUCUUUGCGGCGAACAUAUACCCUCCAUGUCCACAGCCUGAACUUGCUGUAGGCUUAUCUCCCCACACGGAUUUUGGCCUCUUGAUUAUGCUUGCUGCAAAUGGAGUUGGUGGCCUUCAGAUACAGCGAAAUGGGAGGUGGUAUGACGUCGAUGUUCGUCCGAACCACCUGAUGGUUAACCUAGGAGAUCAUAUGGAGAUAAUGACAAAUGGAAAGUACAAGAGUGCUGUGCACAGGGCAAUGGUGAAUAGUAGGACUACAAGAAUAUCAGCGGUCACUGUGUAUGGGCCAGAGGUGAAUAAGCUUGUGAUUCCGGCACCAGAGUUUGUAGACGAUAAUAAUCCACCAGCUUAUCGGGGAAUGAAAUAUGGAGAUUAUUUCAUUGCUGACCAAACUAGCACCACAAAGGGAGUAAGCAGUCUGGAUAUGGUUAGAAUCUGAAUAAGCUUUGGUACUAGCUUGUUUUUUUUCACAAAAAUUUAUAGUCCCACUAUUAUAUAUGUACUAAUUAAAUAAGAAUUAUAUACGGUGUUGCUUUUGUUGGUUAAUUUACUAUAAAAUAAAGUUGUCUGUAUGUACUGAAAUCCUGUUGGAGGCAGAUGUCUCCGUACUGCAAUCUGUGUAUUAGUAAAUUUAUACAGGAUCCGGUCCUUAAC